GAUUGUUAGGAAACGGCAACUUCGAGCUUAGCCCCAAUCCAUCGGACAUGAAAGGGACAGUGGUGCUAAGACACAACGCCCUACCAAAAUGGGAGAUAUCGGGAUUAGUAGAGUACAUAAAAUCGGGUCAAAAGCAAGGCGACAUGUUGCUAAUAGUGCCAGAGGGAGCAUUCGCUGUGAGGCUAGGCAAUGAGGCGUCGAUCAAGCAAAGGGUUCAAGUGAUCAAUGGAAUGUACUACUCCAUCACCUUUAGUGCUGCCCGGACUUGCGCCCAAGAGGAGCGACUCAAUGUGUCGGUGGCGCCAGACUCCAGCGUGCUUCCGAUGCAGACCUUAUAUAGCAGUAAUGGUUGGGACUCAUAUGCAUGGGCAUUUCAAGCAGAAGUUGAUGUGGCGGAGAUAGUCAUACAUAAUCCUGGAAAGGAGGAAGAUCCGGCUUGCGGACCACUUAUUGAUUCGGUGGCCAUUAAAGCUUUGUAUCCUCCCAGAGCAACCAACAAAAACAUAUUAAAAAACGGGGAUUUUGAAGAAGGACCAUAUGUUCUCCCCAACACAUCUUGGGGUGUCCUAAUCCCGCCAAACAUAGAGGAUGAUCACUCUCCCCUGCCCGGUUGGAAAGUCGAAUCUCUCAAAGCUGUCAAGUACAUCGAUUCCGACCACUUCUCAGUGCCACAGGGAAAACGGGCGGUGGAAUUGGUGGCUGGAAAAGAAAGUGCCAUUGCUCAAGUGGCACGGACAGUCCCCGGAAAGGUCUACGACCUCUUCUUCGCUGUGGGAGACGCUAGCAACGCUUGCGAAGGGUCCAUGAUCGUCGAGGCUUUCGCAGGCAGAAACACCAUUAAGGUCCCUUAUGAAUCUAAGGGCAAAGGCGGGUACAAGCGCGCAAUCCUUAGGUUUGUGGCCACUACAACGCGAACUCGUAUAAUGUUUUUUAGCACAUUCUACACCAUGAGAAAUGACGAUUUUUCUUCCCUGUGUGGGCCAAUUCUUGAUGAUGUGAAGUUGUUGAGUGUUCAUAAGCCACGACGAAUGUAAAAAUACUCAAGACUAUGCUUUAAUAGUAGUCUCAUGCAUUGAGGAACUUUUUUUUUUUUUU